AUGGCCUCCGUUCGCCAGGCCUGUCGACCAAGGCACCAGGUUCUAACGCUGAAAUGCUAUCCGCAAUACCAAAAGGGCGUGGUGGAAGUCAUUCCGAACCCGAGCGAGCUCUCAUAUCUGCUAUAUUAUCUGAGCACGCGUCGCAGCAAGCUGACCAAGGUCGGGGCUUUUCUCACGAAACGAGUAUCCAAGGACGUUUGGAGACGUAGAUUAGGGAAUGUUCAAGUCGCUCUUCAUAUCCUCACCGCGCUCAUUGAAAAAUGUCCGCGCGACCUUCCCAUCUACGCGCGCUUCGUCCUAACCGUUAUCGAAACCGUUUUACAAUCGAACGAUAUUUCCAUGGUCGAAGACUCUGUCGCUACAUUCGAGACCUUCUGUCAGCACCAAGAUAUCGCACUCAUCGCAGCGGAACAGACCCUCGCCCAACAAUAUCGUGAAGUCGUGCGGUCAUACGCCAGUUUCGCUGAUCCAGCUUCUUCGACUUACUCCCCUACUAAGGUCAGCCUUCCGGUUGCAAUUCGAUGGAGAAAUGCCGGUCUUCGCGCUAUCAAGGGUGUCGUCAGCUCGGAGAGCCUUGCCGCCGACGGAGGAACAUCUUUGCAGCUCAUUCUACCUGUUAUCUUGGAAAAUCUCUACUCGGAGAAAGAAGAUGUCUUGAUACAGCUGAAGCAGAUGCUUCAAGAUUCCGAGAAGGUUGAGAAUGAAGGUACUCGACUGCCCCGCCGAAUGAGUGUUGCAACUGUUCAUACGGUGGACACAGUCGAAGGUGAUCCUACAUCCGCGGCACAGUCAACCGCCGACGCCGAUAAAAAGGCAGAGAUGGAUGCGCGGCUGCUGGCACUCCGCUGCCUCGAGAAAAUAAUCGUAUCCGGAAGCAACCGCGGCCAGAUUCGCCUGGCGGCAUCGGUUACUCUACAAUUCAUUGCCGGCAAACGAUUUCCACAGGCCAGCCGGGGUGAAUCCAGCACUGGAAAGAACGUUGGAAACUGGGCCACUUCACUUAUUGAACUAAUUGCAAACUGGUGCCCAGUUCAGGUGCGAUUUGUCAUUUUAGUGGCUGCAAUGGACAUCCUUCACGAUAUGAAGCCAACGGAGGAUGCCUUGGAUUCGUCUUACACUAUUCUUUCCGUGGUAGACUGGCUACUCAAAUCAUCGGUUAACAUGAUCGGGUUGAGUGUUAUGGACGUUCAGUUUGGCCUCAGCCGCUACAUUUCCGCUGUUCUAUCAACCACCAACCAAACGAAAGGUGCAAACCAAGAAAAGACCGAUGAAUAUCAGGGCGUCGGGGGCGUGUCGAUCUCUCCUCAAAGGAGGAACCUUCUCACCCUGUUAGAGCACUGUAUUGGUGAUCUGGCAACUCACAUCUAUUAUGGUGACCAAGUCGCAGAUAUGAUCCGCGCGAUUCUGAAGCGCUUCAAGCCGUCCGCGAACAUUGAUAGUGCUGCACAGUCUUCUCUGGCUACGGUUCACGAAACAGGUGUGUCGCCGACUGCUGAGACAUCUCAAACGGGGGAAAUUACUGGCGAAAAGGCCCAAGCAGAGAGUUUCUCUCAUGCUGCUGCCAAGGUCACUGCGCUGCGUGCCGUCAAGGCCAUCCUUAUGGUUUCUACCUUGAGAGCACCGAGCACGUCGACUGCCUCUGAAACCAGGAACAAGGUGGGCAUUCACGUUUGGGAAGGGACACAAGGCCUUCUGCGGGACUCCGACCCGCAAGUUCGCCGCGCGUAUGCCGAUGCUUUCCUAACCUGGCUCUCGCUGGAAACGAACAAGCACGAUCUUAACGCACGAGUGGAAAUCCCGAAGUAUAUCAAGCCGGCAUCAAAACGCGACACCGAGCAACGGGACAAGCUGAAUCGGCGUAGCACCUCAGCUCCGGGUAACCAACGAGAGAAGGUGGCGCUCGCUGCACAGUCAACUUUCCUUCGUUUGUUGCACCUGGCUAUCUAUGAUGCUGCUCUCGAGAACCCCACUGUCGAAUCUGAUGUCCUUGUUUUCCAUCUUCUCCUGACAAGCCUUGUUGAGAAUCUUGGAGUAAAUGCGGCGCAAUACGGGCUUCCCAUGGUACUAAAAUUACAGGAAGACCUGUUCACCUCGGUCGACCUGGGCAGCUUCGCAGCCCGUGUCAACAUCGGCAGCCUGGUUCUUGGGUAUCUCUCAGCAGUGUCGGAGAAGUUCAAUCUCGAAUCCACUCACGCUGGGGUCGAAAUUCGCAACGAGAUCGAGAAGAGGCAAAGUAAGAGUCAAUAUUUCUCUAAGAUUAGAUUGCCCCCGACUGCUCUAGAUGGUAUCGCCGUGGAUGAGCAAAUGCCUACCAACGAGGAUUCAGCGCCACCAGCCACGCUGACGCCUUUCCGAAACGUCGAUGACCUUAGUCCCCCGACCUCCCCUCCCGCACGAGGCUUCAGCUUCCCGGUUCUCAACCACGCCUCGGUGGCAGCGCCAACUCAACCAAACAGCGGUCUCCCGUCGGCCGUCAAGGAGCAAAUGCUCUCGUCUUGGUCCCGUGAAUCCUGUCUCGCUGCUGUGGAGAAGGAGAGCAUCAAGACACUAUCUAUCAGCGGCUCGCGCGGGGGUACCAUGGCUCGCGCAAGUCAGGGCAAUGGCCUCGCAAACGGUUCUCCUGCUGGUUCAGCUUCGAAUAAAAACCGUCGCACCAGCGUCCCCGAAAUAUCGCGUACUUCGGAGCCUAGCUCCACCAGGGGAUCCCCCGUUCGUGUCACUGAGCUGCGCCGAGUUUUAUCGGUGAAUCACGACUCUCAGCCCCGAAAACUCAGCCCGCUGCGAGAUCAGCUCGAUACCUCGAAUGAGAGUGUCGUUUCCUCUGGUAGCGAGAGCAUGGUUAGUGGGUCAUUCUCCGUCUCCGAGGUAGAUGGGGAAGGAUUCCAACAAGAUGGAGACCAAACUCCUGAAGAAGAGGGUGUAGAAACGCCACGAGCAUCAGCGUCAGAAAUUGCUCUUUCGGGAGAGAAGCCUAUCAGAGAUAACAAUGAGCCGACUUUGAGCCGGGUGAACUCUGAUGAAGAUAUCCCGCCUGUUCCCCCCAUCCCUCCAACCCUGCAUAUCCCCGGUGGCUUUCCGAAUGAUUCGCAACGGUCAUUGAUCUCAAUUGAUCGCCCAUCCACCGCCCCUGAUGUCUCGCGGCAGUCCUCGGUCCAGAGCAAGUCAGGACCAAACUCACGAAACGCACACCUGACUCGCAAUAAAAGUCGAUCCAAUAACAACCUAGCUGCCGGCAUCUCAGAGGUGUUCCGCGGUGCCGAGACCAAUGGCACCGACUCCCUGGACCACGCGCAAAAAGACCACUUGAGACGUAUCUUAGACGGAUAUCUCUCACCAGAUGGCAGCAUGCUGGCAAACGGAGAUCGUCCAGCAACCGCGGUCCCGGCCUCCAAGUCCCUGGUGGGCGGUGGCUACAACAGCAGGCGGCAUGUCAGUGGCGGUGGCAUCGGACGACCGCCAUACUAA